UCUCCGCCGCUUCCUUUGGGCAGCGGCGCGGGCGGCGGAUUCCCUCCACCUCAGCCAGCUGUUUCCAGUCAUGGCCGCCGCUGAGCAGGAACUUCAAAAUCAUCCUGUGAAUUUGGAGACAGCGAUAUAGACAACAUCUGGGACCAAAGGAGUAGUGGCCCACUGCCUUAUUACUGUCAAGAAAAAAGCUUUAUAGACUCGUUCAAUGCCUAACAUUGCAGACUCUCACUUAGAGAGUCAUGGUUCUGGAGAAAAUGAGCAUGGAUCUGGAAAAAAAACUUCAGAAAUUAAUCAUCAUGGUACCAUAAAACCAUUUUGUGCUUCAGGUACCUCUGUUGCUUCUUUGAGAUCCAGCGGAGACAGGCAUUAUCCGUGGGGAUGUCCCGUGACUCACACCAGAGAGAAGUUUUACACUAUCUGUUCAGACUAUGCUUUUUUAAACCAGGUGACAUCUAUUCGCAAAAGCCCAAGUGCUACAGUUGGUGCCUGCUUACAAGACAAUGCUGCCUUAAACGUUGGAAUUAAUUCUUCUGGUUUUAUUGGCAUUCGAACCGAUGCAUCGGACAUAGUUUAUAAUGAAGAUGCUAACCUGGAAAGUUUGUCCAGUAGUCUUGGGAAACUUCCACUGGCAUGGGAAAUUGAUAAAUCUGAAUUCAAUGAGACAGCCCCAGAUUUGAAGAACAGAGCAGGUAACAUGAAGAAGCAAGGAACAAAGAAAUUGUCUGUAGAAAAGAAGAGUAAACAAUACAGAGAUUGCCCGCAGCACUAUGCCCUUGAAGAAAUAAAACAACGAAAAGUGUUAGAUCUUCGAAGAUGGUACUGUAUAAGUCGGCCACAAUAUAAGACAUCCUGUGGCAUUUCUUCUCUGGUAUCUUGCUGGAAUUUCCUGUAUAGCACAAUAGGAGUAGGAAACUUACCACCCAUAACUCAAGAAGAAGCUUUACAUAUAUUGGGUUUUCAACCCCCUUUUGAAGAAAUUAGAUUUGGUCCAUUUACUGGCAAUACUACUUUAAUGAGGUGGUUUAGACAAAUUAAUGAUCAUUUCCAUGUAAAAGGAUGUUCAUAUUUUCUGUAUAAACCUCAUGGUAAGAAUAAGACAGCGGGAGAGACUGCUUUUGGAGCAUUGUCAAAGUUAACACAAGGAUUGCAAGAUGAAUCAAUGGCCUACAUCUAUCAUUGUCAAAAUCAUUAUUUUUGCCCAAUUGGAUAUGAAGCAACCCCAGUAAAACCUGCAAAGGCAUACAAAGGGCCUCUCUUACAGCAAGAAGUUGAACAUUGGAUACUGAUUGGUGAACCAAGCAGAAAACACCCCACCAUUCACUGCAAAAAGUGGGCAGAUAUUGUAACUGACUUAAAUACUCAAAAUCCAGAAUACCUAGACAUUCGACACCUAGAAAGGGGUCUUCAGUAUCGAAAGACAAAGAAGGCAGGGGGAAACCUUCAUUGCAUCAUUGGUCUUCAGAAGCUCCACUGGCAAAGGUUUGGUCCCUGGAAUUACCCAUUUGGAAAUAGUAGGUCAGAAUUGCAUGUACAGUCCCAGCCGCAGGGUAUAGCCAAAUCUGAAAGUGAAGACAACAUCUCAAAGAAGCCGCAUGGGCGUCUGGGCAGAUCUUUCAGUGCUGGCUUCCACCAAGAGUCUGUCUGGAAGAAGUUGUCUCAUCUUCAUGAAAGACGGAGCAGUGGCUUUCAGAGUUACACAGACUAUGAUGGGAAUGACUAAAUGGAGUUACUUGUGCAAUUGCUGUACCGUGAAAUAUAUCUUUAUGAUGUGGCGAGGUUUGUUAUGCACAGAGGAUGAAUAGAGAGGAACUUGCAGUACAGGAUACAAUCUCAGCAACAUUUGUUGCAUAAAAAAACCUGUGGAUAGUUGUGUGUGGGAUAAUGAGAAGUGUUUUAUUUUAGCGCAAAGAUAAGCACAGAAUAUUGUACACUUACAAUCCAGUAUAAUCAGCCAUUGAUCUAUGUUCAGACAGUGAAUACAGAACAAAUCUAGAUCAAAGACAAUGGGGGUUAUUAUUAGACAAAAUAUGUAAUAUUAAAGCAUGAGAUUUGUUACUUUUCAAAAUUAUUUAUUGCCCAUAUAGUGACCAAUGGCAGUAAAUGUAUAGAGUACAUCUAGUUUUUAAACAGUUUUCAGUAAUGCAAUAAGGACAUCAUGGUCCACUUCUGAAUUUACAAAACCAAAUGUUUGUCAAACUUCUGACAUUAUUUGGUGGUCUCCAGUUGAUGUCUAAUGUAACAUAGUUCUGUAUGACUAAAGUUUGUUUGCAUUGACUGGAGGGUGCCUUUCUUAGCAGUUGUAGGUUAUAAGCCCAGGGACUGUAAGGGCACCUGCUUGUUCCUUUUUGAGAUUAGGCAGAAAACACUUUUCACUGCCAGGUGUAUACUGGUCGAGUACCUUUUUGUGUGAGUAAAUUGAAUUAACUUCACAUUUGGUGAGCUGCUUUGAAACAAACCUUCCCACCAUUGUAUUGUUUGGACUACCAAAUGAACGGCCCAAAUUGCAGACUUCUGUUUUACCCCCCCCCCCCCUCACACAUAUAUUCACAUUUUCUAGAUACUUUUCACUUUGUUAAUUGUUCUGUUGUUUAAGAAAGGGGAUACUUCAAGUGCCGAAACACAUUGACAGCCCCAGUGAUAUACCUCUUUGGCCAGCACACUGUUUGUAUCUUUUCAAAUGAUCAUGUUAAAUAGCUUUAUUUAGAAGUAUAUUUUACUCUCAUAAAAAAUAAUGAAAAUAUCAGUGGGAUCAAAUGUCAUCUUGUUUACAACAUAAUAUGUUUAUAGG